GGGGGGGGCGGCCGCGAUGGCUACGACGGGAAGUGCGUGUUCUGCAGGAUCGCCCGCCGGGAGGAGCCGGGCACGGCGCUGCUGCCCUGCGAGGAUGAAGACCUUGUUUGCUUUAGAGAUAUAAAACCCGGUGCCCCCCACCACUACCUGGUGGUGCCCGUGAAGCACAUGGGAAACUGCAAAACGCUGAAGACAGAGCACAUACCGCUCGUGAAGAGAAUGAUGGAAGUUGGAAAAGCUGUUCUCCAGAAGAAUAAUUUUAAUGACUUGAAUGAUGUAAGAAUGGGUUUUCACUGGCCUCCGUUCUGCUCGAUAGCCCACUUGCACCUUCACGUCCUGGCCCCAGCCAGUCAGCUGGGGUUCCUUUCCAGGAUCUACUACAGAAUCAAUUCCUACUGGUUUAUCACGGCUGAACAACUGAUCGAGAGACUGCAAACUGAAAAUGCUGCCAGCUGAAAGCUUGUGUUGUCAGCCAGUUUGGUCUUUGAGCUCUGAUUUAAGGUUGCACAGUUUGAUGUUGCCAAUAAUAUCCCAGGAUAAAAAAAGCUUUAGUUCCUUAUGAGGAAGUACACACAGAAUUUGUAGCUGCUAAUCUAAUUCUUCCAUUUGGAUAUGUCAGUCUGUAUACUUCCCUGGCAAUGGCAUGAUUUAUUUUAGUUAUAAUUUUAUAUUUGUGUAGAUACAUACGUAGUACACACACACAUGCACACAGGCAGAGAACUCUUCCUAUUCAAAGGGAAAGUGUAGUAGCAGAAUGUAUUGCAACCAAGGCAACGAGUUACAACAGCAUAUGCAUGGUGCCAAAGAGAGUAUUUGUUGCAGAAUCAAACUUUCAUUUUCAAAGUCUAUUUUUCUGGGAUUGCAGGUAACAUUUCAAACAUUUUUUCCCAUCUGCAUUUGUAUGAUAUGUUACUUAUGCCUAGUGAUGAGUCGGUACAUUGCUGGAAGUACAGUACCUACUUUGUGGUGCUAAACUACUCCAAUGUUACCUGAUUUGUUUGCAUCACAGUGACACAUUAAACAUGAAUACGUGUCCAAAAUGUGAUAAUGCUGUAUAACAUAGAAUAUAGUUUAUGUGUAAAUAGACCUAAAGAUUUUUUUCUCUCUUACGUGCAAAAUGUUUGAAAUUAGUUACUGUAUGUUUACAAAGAAUGUGAAGAGUUCAGAAGAAUGGAUUUAGUAUACUGCUCUUCUGCAUGGCAGUAGAUAGAAAAGUCCAGAUUUUCUGAUCUUACUCUCACUGGAAGUCCCUUGCAGAUUAC